AUGGAAUAUAGAGACAGGCGAGAGAAACGCGGCUCAUCGCGAACUGAACGCAGUCGCUCUCCUGAACGGCGUCUCGUUCAGGAAAAAGACGGGGCUCAGCCAACACCCCGCUGUGCUUCUAAAGAGAACAAAAAACUUAUCUCGUCGAUCCUAAAGCGCAUUCCUAGCUGCUCGGAGGGGUUUCUUCUUCAAGGCACCGACGUUCCACCCCUGAAGGCCGAGGAAUGCCCUGGAUUCACAGGCGUAAAAAUACGCGUCUUGGAGAAAGACCCAUUGGAUGCAGCAGUAGAGCUGGCCAAUAAUACCCGCAGCGGAAGCGAUACCUCAAGUAAUGCAGUGUCGGCCGCAGGUGACACGCCAGCCACAAUCCCUGAUCAUGGUCGCACAUGCCUUCUCAACACGGCUAUCGCACAGCUGCCUAAGGAUGGUUGCGGUUUUGUCGAAAAGUUGAAGCAGGAGAAAUCACUCUAUGAAAGGAGCACUCUUUCUAAGACCCUGAAUGGAGAUAUCUACCCCGUCCCAAGGAAAACGGCUGUAUACUCGCCUUCUGUUGUCAUUUUUGGGGACAGCCAAAAGCUAACACACAAGCUAAAGUCCCUUGAAGACCCAGCUUCACUACCUUUGGUGAGCUUUAUCAGUACUCCUGCGAUUGUACACCCAAAUAUUAGAGCUGUGCGGACUUAUGUAGUCAAAGCCGACUGGAAGGGCGUAGUACGGCGGCUCCCUUCAUAUGAACAGCUGUACCAUUUCAAAUCUCACAGACGAGCCGUUAAAGAAAGCAUCAGACUUCUUCUGAGGAUCUCGGCAUCCAAGAAGCACAGGAGGAUUGUCGUAUCAGUUCUCGGCUUUGAUGAGUAUAUGCACCCCAAGGAAGACUCAGCCAAUUGCUGGGCAGAAGUAUUUGGAGAGCCGGAGUUUCAGGGAGGAUGGUGGACAGAUGUUGUCUUCGCUGUUCUUGACCCGCCGCCUCAUCCUGAAAGGAAUUACGGUCAGGGGCACAUCUACAUCAACAGGCUGGAAGGGCUUGCAGUUUCUCCUCCGUAA